CACAGUAAACACCAAGCCGUCAACAACCAGUUAAACAAAAAAAAUCCCUCUGGCUGUUGUGAUAAAAUUUUGCGAUCAAAAUUAAAUCCUGUUAAAAUUACCGCUUGCUACUUAACUUCAUUUUUUCCGCUCAUAAAAUGGCCACUGCUACAUCGGUCGACGAUACCUGUCGAUUGUGUUUGGAUCCGUCUGUAGAGAGUUUCAACACAAUCGAAAAUCCCGCGUUGAAGAACGUACUCGAAAAGGUGUUCUGCUUUCCGAUUGAAUUCAAGGAAGGAAUCACCUCAAGUGUGUGUCAAAUAUGUUCAAACACCAUCACCGAGUUCUACGAAUAUUCUGAAAAAGUACGCCAUCAUCAGGCAAUCCUGGAAGCUGCAGCAUCCGCUAUAAUGACCGGAGAUGAAUUAUUCCCUGCAAAGAUUAAAAUUGAGUUGGACUCUGAUACGGGACUUCCAAAUGUGAACCAAGAUCAACCUCCGAAAAUAUCUGAACCCUUAAUCACGAUGACGGAAUCAAAUGACGAUAUAGAUUUCAUAGAUAAAAUGUUGCGAAAAAAGAAAGAGGAUGCAACGGAUCAGUUUAUCCGCCAACACUUGAAGCUAACCUGCGAACUCUGUGGAAUCGUGGCUCCGACAUUUCGAGAGUUGCGAUAUCAUUUCCUAGAUGAGCAUCAACGUCAAUAUGCCUACACAAGGUGCUGCGGCAAAAAGCUUACAAGCAGACAACUUACUGUAGAUCAUAUCCACUAUCAUCUCGACUCGAAUGUAUUUCACUGCGCAGAGUGCAAGGACGUCUUUACGACGUUUGCGACUAAAAAGGCAUUAGAGUUACAUAAGAUCUCAAAGCACAGCGAACGCCGCAUGUACAAAUGUGAUCGCUGUCCACUGGCUUAUGCAAAUUUAGAUCUCCUACAAAAGCAUUCGAAACGGCACGAAAUGAAUGAAUGUAUAGAAUGUAGGAAAUGCUUCCCGACCAAAUCUGCUUUGGACGAACACAUGGAAUGUCACAUGCCACAGGAGUGUACUCAGUGCAAGAAGCUUUUUACGAACCGGACCACUCUGAGAAUCCACAUAGCCAACGUUCACAACAAGGAUACCACGUUUAAAUUCGUCUGCGAACAGUGCGGAAAGCAUUUUGCAAGAAAAAUAGCAUUCCAGCGCCACAUGAACGAGCACGCAGGAAUCGAAGCACCAAAGGUUCAGUGCACAAUCUGUGGCCGGUGGCUAAAGAAAAUGUACUACAAAAAUCACAUGGAUACUGUUCAUGGUAAUCGAGAGCGGGUGCACGAGUGCGACAUCUGUCACCGGAUGUAUCCGCAUGCAGUCGCACUGCAGAACCAUAAAUCGAAAGCGCACAUUGAGCCGAGACACAAGUGCGAAUUCUGCGGGAAGCUGUUCAUACAAAAAAAUCGUUGGCUGGAUCAUUUGACAUCGCAUACGGACGCAAUGCUACAUUCGUGCGAGUAUUGCGGGGCACCGUACAAAACUAGGUCUAACGUGCAUAAGCACAUCAGGACGAAGCAUGCAGUUGAGUGGGCUGAGAAAAAGAAGCGUGAUCAAUCGAUGGCCCCGGAAGAAACUUCGACUUAGCGUUAAAGGUGGGUUCGUUUUUAAUCUUAAAUUAUUCGUAUAUAAGCAUUUUCAUAAUUACCUAAAUGUAUGUAUUGCAUUUACGACCUUUUGAAGAUCGCCCCCAUGUAGAAACAAUAUUUACUCAUGUAUCAAAUUCAUUUAAAUUUUCAAAUGUUAAA